GGCGCGGGUUCGAGUCCCGUGUCGGCUGCCAUGGCGGACGCGGAGCCGGAGGCUGAGGACGGCAGCGAGGAUGGCGGCGGCGGCGCCCGGGCCCCCCGCGGCCGGAGCGGCACCGGCGCGCGCGUGGCCCCGCUGGGCCCCGAGCAGCUGCGGCAGGUCCUGGAGCAGGUGACGAAGGCGCCGCCGCCGCCCUUCGUGCUGCAGGACGCGGCGCGGCGGCUGCGGGACGCGGCGCAGCAGGCCGCCCUGCGGCGGGGCCCCGACGCCGAGGCCCCGCGCCCGCCGCGCAUGCUGCCGCCCCAGCAACUGGAAGCCAUCUGUGUCAAGAUAACAUCUGGAGAAAUGAAGGGUCAGCAAAGGCCAGUGCCCCCACUGGCCACCAUCCAGCCCAAGCCAGCCAGGCUGAGCCAGCUGCCCGCGAGGCCUUCCAGGGUGCUGGGGUUCCGGGUGCAGCCCAUCCUGAGCACCGGGCCCCAGCCGCGCUUCCUGAGCAGCUCGUCCCCCGUUCAGGUGUUUGUGCAGAGGCCCCUGCCCGCCCUCCAGCCCCUGGCUCCUAAUGGACAGGGUGCCCCACUGACCCCCUUGUCAGCUUCUGACCCACCAGCAGCAACAUCUGUGUCAUCCAGUUCAGCAAAUUUAUUUAUUUCCAGCUUGCACACAAAACACACUGAGAAACUAAAAAAGUCCUUAAAAGUGAAAACACGUUCUGGACGGAUAUCUCGACCUCCCAAGUAUAAAGCUAAAGAUUAUAAAUUCAUAAAAACGGAGGAUUUGGCUGACGGUCACUUGUCAGAUUCUGACGAUUACUCAGAACUGAGUGUGGAAGAAGAUGAAGAACAGAGGGAAAAGCAGGUGCUCUUUGACUUGUCCAGCUGCUCCCUGAGGCCCAAGAGUUUUAAGUGUCAGACGUGUGAAAAAUCCUACAUUGGAAAGGGGGGCCUGGCCCGGCAUCUUAAACUGAAUCCAGGCCACGGCCAGCUGGAGCCUGAAGAGUUGCUGUCUGAGAAGGCCAACGGGAGCGCGACUCGAGGCUGCACGGAGGGCAGGACUGCUAGCCUGACGUCCCCAGGGCCGUCCACACCAGCCCUUCUAAGUGAGGACCGGGCCCAGUCUUCACGGGCUGGCCUGCAGAAUAGCCAGUCUCUAGAAGUUGAAGAGGCCUUGGUAUCUGAACUAGAAAACGGAAGUUAUUCAGCCCUUUUGGGAUCAGAGGGACACCCAGGCCCUAGAAGGAGUGACUCGUCCACAGCCCCGGCGGAGGCCAGCACAGCCGUCCUGGGGCGGAGCAGAGCAGCCCCCCCGCCUGGGGGUGCCCAUGUGGUGGGCGCGCAGAGCCCGUCGAGGGCUAGAGCCAGGCUCAAGGAGUUUCUGCACCAGUGUGACCGAGACGCUCUAGUGGAGUUGGUGCUGCCUCAGCUGGCCCAGGUCGUGACCGUGUACGAGUUUCUUCUGAUGAAGGUUGAAACAGGUCAUCUAGCAAAACCUUUGUUCCCAGCUGUGUAUAAGGAAUUUGAAGAGUUGCAUAAAAUGGUUAAGAAAAUGUGUCAAGAUUACCUCAGUGGUUCUGGUCUGUGUUCCCGGGAGCCUCUGGAAAUAAGCAACAAUAAGCUGGCCGAGUCUUUGGGAAUCACAGAAUUCCUGAGGAAACCAGAGGCGCACGCACAGUGCGUGCCAGCCAAGCGCACCAGCGGGCAGCCGGGCCGGGCCGGGCCGGAGGAAGCCAGCCAGCAGAAGCGGGGAAACGAGACUGCAGAGGAGGGCCUGGCCGGGGUGAAGAGGACCAGAAGAGACGCUCCACCCCGGGACACCCCUGAGCCCGCUGCCGACCGCGGAGGCCCGCAGAAGCCCGCCCCCUGCGCCCCAGCUGCCAGUGAGGGUUGUGCCCGUCACGUAAGUGGGAACACCUCUCACCACUCUGAAGAAAGCCACACGAUGCCAGUUUCUGAGAGCAACAGAAGCGUGUUGCAUGCAGGCCAACAGCUUAAAGCACUUGCUGACUUAGAGGCCGAGAGUGGGUCUGUAGCUCCUGCUUUCUCGUAUCAGCAUGUCAGUGGGCCGAGUCUCUGUCCUCAGUCAGGAGAGCCCAGGGCGCGGACACAGGGACAGGUGGCAGCAUUGCCUGAGGAGAAUGUUCUGGAACACUCUGUAGCCUGGAACUCGGGGGACAGCCGGAGGAGCCGGGCUCUCUGCAGCACCUUGACGUCCACUGGAGAGGACUCCCUGUCGCCUUCUGGGUCUGGAAACCUCGAGAUGCGGGACUCCCAGCAGAAAGGCCAGCAGACCAGCCCCAGCCACAUCCCGCUUACAGAGGAUGCAGGCCCUGGGCUGCUGAGCGCUUUGUCCGUGGACACGGUGCCGGCCGACUGUGCCCACAGGACCGUGCGGGAGCUGGGGCCUCGGCCGGGCCAGGCGAGGGCGCUGUCCACUGAUGGGGGUCAGGGAAGCUGUGCGGGGGACUCGGACCCCUUCCCCUGUGGGCCCGAGGCCCAUGCUGACCAGCGAGGACUGGCCAGUAUUGUUGCUGUUGGUGAAGCUGUGGCUUUUGAAAUUACCAGCGGGUGCAGCGAGUUGUCGUCUCAGGGCCAAGAACCGCUGUUUAUUCAGACCUCCGAUGGGCUGAUCUUGCCCCAUCCGGGUUCCCUAGUGUCUGGGGAGGGGGACCUCGUCCUGGUGGCUGGUGAGGAGGGGCCCACCGUGCACACAGGACCCCGGGAAGGGGCUCCCCCGGAAAGUACAGAGGCAGAGGCCGCACAGUGAAGUUGGACCGCGGUCCCGGACGUGCGGGUAUUUUAGCCAGAGAAGGUCUAUUUGAAGUAAUGUAUAUUUUUUUAUUGUGAAUACUGACACAAACGAACGUCUUAUUUAUAAAGGAUAACAUCUUUCUAC